AUGAGUUUAGAAGCCGUUCAUCUCUGUGUGGACUGGGCUAGGAACAAUGGUGCUUUUAUAGACGAGAGAAUUGACUUUAAGUUAGACACAGCCACCGGUUUGCAUGCUAUAAGCAAGGCGCCAAUCAAGGAUGGCAAGGAAUUAAUCAAAAUUCCUGAAAAACUACUAUUGUACCGGGAGGUUGCUGAGGCGCACUUUAAGGUCGAAACACCAGCCGGUACAAAUCCAAAUGCGCUCUUGCAGCUGUACGUGGCCAAGCUCAAAUUUGAUAGCGCUUGCAAGGAUUCGACGUUCUUCCAGCCAUACCUAAAUACACUACCGACGCCUACAUCUAUUAAUGCUCCGUACUUUUGGACAUCUAACGAACUAUUGGCUUUGAAAGGUACUGAUCUGCUCAUCAAAACUGAGCGUAAUCUGAAGAAGUUAGUUUCUGAGUGGUUUGCCAUUGUAACACACCUGAAUGUUAUGGACGAUGACGACACACAAUUCUAUUUGCAAAGUUCAAGUACCCGGAUAUCAGAUCUAAUACUGCGUAGCGACAACUUGAAGUGGCAUAGUUUCCAUGCCUAUCUGUGGGCCACUUACAUUUUCUCGUCCCGUGCAUUUCCUGAACUUCUUCUCAAACGUAAAGUGGAAGAUGUCAAUCAGGCCUUCUUGUUUCCUAUUGUAGACCUUCUCAAUCACGCAAAUCUGACGAAGGUUGCGUGGGGGCUCGCUGAUGGAAGUGGCGACGCCACUUUCUCCACCAAGGAGACCCUCAAAGCCGGUGAUGAGUUAUUGAACAACUACGGGAACAAAUCAAAUGAAGAAUUAAUAUUGGGCUACGGCUUCUCACUCCCAAAUAACGACUUUGACACAGCUACUUUGACCUUGAGGCUACCAGCUGGUCAGCUACAGUCUUUUGAGACCCAAGGUCUCGAAUUGGAGGACAUCAAUUUGGCAGAAAACUCUGUCAACUUCACGUUGAGUAUGGCAACACCCCUUCCUCCACAACUCAUCCACCUCUUCGGAAUUCUCAACCAGUUGAGUUCAGAACAAGUCUGCACCACUAGAAGCAUACUGGAAGGAACUACACAGUUGAACAAGGUCAUCGACCAAAAGAUUGCGUUUUACAAAAGUGCGUCAAAAUUGAAAGCUUCUUUGGCAAACUCUGAGCGGUCGAAAUUGACGAAAACUUACAUGACAGGAACAAAACGGAUCUACCAAGAAUGCUGUGACUCAAUAAAAAGAUUCCAAAAAAGGCUUCUGAAGGAGUUGAAACCUAUGUCUUUUAAAUCAUUAUUCAAAUCUGACACGACUUUUGCCAACAGCUUAACUUUGACAUUUGCCAUUACCAAGUACGAGGAUCUGCUCACCAAGGGAUUUCUACAGCAGGCUCUUUUGUUAUUUAUAGUGAGGUUAUCGAAUGAGGGUCCAAACAUGCAAGUGCCGAAGUUCAUUCAGGAUUGCUUCAAAGACGUUGCCGAAACAAUAGUAGUUGACAAGGAAGAUGUGCAAGAAUAUUUACCGUUCUACAAGAGUCUCUUCCCACAGCUGUCUUCGAAAAUACCGGAAAUAUACAAUCAAGGAGAUUGGGGAAUCAAAAGCUUCAUAAUUGCCGGGACCGUGCUCGACAGAUUGAUGUGGCAAUCGCCUUUGUCGCAUGAGGUUUAUUUCUUAGAGCGCAUGCCUUAUUCUUUUGCCAAAGCAGGCCCAGAAAUCCAUGACCGUAUCGCGUCCUUGCGAGUGUGA